UGGCUGUUGUUUGUGGCAGAACAACUCUCCGGGUGUCAGGAACUUCGCUGUGUUGUGUGUUCCCUUCCCACUGCUAAAAGCUACAGCCGGCUGUUCAAGGAAACGAACCAGACCGCCUGGAUCCUUCCCUGCUAUCUCCCCCCUUCUCCCUCCCGGGUGUCAGAAGAGAGGGUACGUGGGGCUGAGCUAACACGCCCGUGAGAGAGCCGCUUCUCCCGGAGCCGCUGCUGCGUGCCGCGCUCCUGUUCCCGGGCCUGGAGCGGAGGGGGCAGGCGCGGAGCCGGCGAUUGGGCUGGGGCCGCUGAGUGGGUGGCGGCCACUCCCGGCUCUGCCGCCGCCUCAGGAAGCUGAACUCUGCUCCUCAGCCCGCUCCCGCCGCCCUCGCCUAGUGCCGCGCGGGGCUGCGGCGAGCCUUCAAGGUGGCGCGGCGGGGACCUGCGCUCCUAGCCGGCGCGGGGAGUGAGAGGCACAUGCCGCCCUCCGGGCGCCCCUUCUCCUGCCUUCCGGAGGGGCCGAGCAGGCGGCGGGGGGGCGGGGGCCGGAUCUCCGAGGAGCGGACCCGCUGAGCGGCCGGGAAGAUGCUUUCUUGUCCCCCCAGAGACAGUUGCUGCUUUACCCCCAGACCCGUCUGACUUUAGUGGAGAGAUCAUGACUGAAGUCCUCUUUUCAGCUGUUUUGAAUGGGACUGAAACCAACAUUCUGUCAAACACUGGCUGGACUCUGGGAAAUGCCACUACCAAAUGUUCCCUAACCAAAACCGGCUUCCAGUUUUAUUAUCUGCCCACUGUCUACAUUCUAGUCUUUAUCUCUGGAUUUCUGGGCAAUAGUGUGGCGAUCUGGAUGUUUGUCUUCCACAUGAGGCCUUGGAGUGGCAUCUCAGUUUACAUGUUCAAUCUGGCAUUAGCUGAUUUCUUGUAUGUCUUGACGCUCCCUGCCCUCAUCUUUUAUUACUUCAAUAAAACUGACUGGAUCUUCGGGGAUAUCAUGUGCAAACUGCAAAGGUUCAUCUUCCAUGUGAACCUGUAUGGCAGCAUUUUGUUUCUGACUUGCAUCAGUGUGCACAGAUACACAGGAGUAGUGUAUCCUUUGAAAUCACUUGGGAGACUGAAGAAAAAGAAUGCUGUUUACAUCAGUACCCUUGUUUGGGUCAUUGUUGUAGUUGGGAUUUCUCCUAUAUUGUUCUACUCUGGAACUGGGCUAAGGAAAAAUAAAACCAUUACAUGUUAUGAUACUACAACUGAUGAUUAUCUGAGAAGUUACUUCAUUUACAGCAUGUGCACCACUGUAUUUAUAUUCUGCAUCCCAUUCAUAUUGAUUCUUGGUUGUUACGGACUAAUAGUGAAAGCUUUGAUUUACAAGGAUUUGGACAAUUCUCCUCUUAGGAGAAAAUCAAUUUACCUGGUUAUUAUUGUGUUGAUGGUCUUUGCUGUGUCUUAUCUUCCCUUUCAUGUGAUGAAGACAUUGAAUCUCAGAGCCAGGCUAGAUUUUCAGACUCCACAAAUGUGUGCCUUCAAUGACAAAGUAUAUGCCACUUACCAAGUGACAAGGGGGUUAGCUAGUCUCAACAGCUGUGUAGAUCCUAUUCUGUAUUUUUUGGCAGGUGAUACCUUUAGAAGUAGACUUUCAAGGGCAACCAGAAAAAUGUCUAGAAGAAGUGAGCUCAAUGUGCAAUCAAAAAGCGAGGAAGUGACUCUCAAUAUUUUAGCAGAAUAUAAAGUGAAUGGAGACACAAGUAUGUGAAUGCAAAAGAUUUGCAAGCAGUAGCAAAAAACAAAACAAAACUGUCCGUUUUUAAGACAGUAGGAUGCUUUAGUGCCAUGACUGUUUGGGGAAAAUCUACUGAACCAGCCGGCAGGGUUGUUCUUUUUGGGGCAGGGGUGUCUCAUUUUGUGAGUCUAAGGAGAACUUAAGCAAAGUAAGUGUAAAAAAAAAAAUUAAUCUUAAUGGGGGGAAAAACACAUCAGAUUUCUGUUUUUACCUUUUUUUAAAAAAAAUGCUCACAAUAGUAUAUCUUUCUGACUGGUGUCAGAUAAAAUAAGACAAAGCAAAUCCCACAGAGGAAAAAAUAGCUUCAAAUGUGCUGCUUGUGGCACCUUAGAGACUAACAAAUUUGUUUGAGCAUAAGCUUUCGUGAGCUACAGCUCACUUCAUCGGAUGCUGUUAUUGAUUCUUUUCUCUCCAUUAAUAAUAACAGGUUUUUUAAAAAAAAUAUCCAAGAAAAACUUUUCUUUUGGGCCUCUGUCCCUACUUCCAUCCAUGGCCUCUUCUUUUACACUCACACUGUAAAAAAUUUAUUUACAUUCAGAUCAUGAUGCAGCAAUCUUGAACGUUGUCUUGUGAUUUUGCAUCUUCUACUUUUAGAGAAAAUGAUAAAAUUUUGGUAGCUCAGUGGUGCCCUUUCUGGUUCUAUCUUUGCAGAAGGCUUGAUUCCUAUAAGGAUGGGUUCCAGGCCCAUGUGUGUCAUGACUCUCACAAAUUAUUGUGAUUGUACAUGAAAACUAAGGGUGAAAUCUUGGCCAUGUUGAAGUCAGUGCUAUUGAUUUUAGCAGGGCCAGAAUUUCACCCUGGUGUUUGCACACAGACUGAUGUCUAUUUUGCUUUUUGUGCAGGCAGCUACCUAUGCAUGCACAAUUGCAGUACAUUUUGAGUGUAGAUAUCACCUACAAAUCUGAGUUUAAAAAAAUUGGCACUGCCUAUCUAAAUAUCCAAUAUUUCAGUCCUUGUUGAAGUAAAAUCCUCAUUGUCUUCAGUGGAAAGAACCAAAUAAAGGACCUGAAUAAGGACUGCAGGAAUGGGGGCUCUGCUUGGGCAAAUGGCAGGACCAAAUUUACAGAUUUGGAAGAGACUUGCUCUCUAGAGUUACAAAUUUUGACCAACACUUCACUGCAGUUCUGACACUCAGCAUCUGAUGCUGGAAGUUUGUGUGAAUUCUCUUACGGGUAACAAAUUCUAUUAUUGAAAACACUUUAAUUUUAUCCACAUAAAAGCCGGAGAUAUUUGAAUUAUCUUAACCUUCAUUUGGGACAAGCAUUUUUCACUUGCUUAUCUUGUGUGAUAACACAAGCUGUUUCCCAGGCAAAUUCUUAUCAAAAUGGGUUAAAGAACAAUAUUUGUUGGAAUCAGAAGGAAAAAAAAGAUAAACUUCAACUUUUUUUUUACUGUGAAUAAAGAAUUACUGUAUCAACAAAAUGUUGCAAUACACUGCCAAUAAUGUCAUGCUGGGGAGUGGGUACCUUCAUAAUUUGUCUCACCCAAAUGUGUAAAAGGGUCACCUAAAAUUGCGCAGAAUAAUAUAUUGUGUAAUGCAGCAGUCAGUGAGGAUUUGAGCACAGGCAGAAUCUAUGGGGAACAAAACCUUAUUUAUUUCACAUAGAUAUUGUUUGAAAUGUGUCUGAAAGUAUUAUUGAAUCUCGCGCACAAAAUGGCAUGAUAUGUAAUGAGUAAAUGGUUUUAACAAAUCCUCAGCCCCCACAAACUUUAUGCUAGAAAUAAAAAUAAACUAUUUCUAUCUUGCAUAUUAAUUUCCAAGGACUGACUACAUGCAGAAAAUGAAUAGCUCUAGAUAUCUCUUGACAACAUUGUUAAGCAGCUUACGUUCAGAAACAUAAAACUACUUAACCUCCAAAAACUAUUUAUUUAACUUAUUUAUUGGAAGACUAAGUACACAUGUGAAGUGUUAUCUAAUAACAAUUUAAAUGAUUCUGUUUUUCAUAUUUUCAGAAUUGAGCAUUAACAGAAAAAAUAGAACGGCAUGUUUGAACUGUUGUAAUUGUACUCUAAUUGAACAUCUUCUAUAAUAAACUCUCAGAUCCAGCCCUGCAAGACAUUUUGGACUACCAUUUGCUGUUGAUGUGCAGUCUACACAUAAAUUAAGCUACUGUUUAGCAAGCAUAACAUUUUACAGUAAUGCUAAAAAUCUCAUUGAAUCCUAUAAAUCCAAGAAAAUGUAGAGCUAAUGCGAGAAGUCAAGGCUAAUGCUCCUAACUCUUUGUGACAAAACAUUGGGAUGAUUUAGUUGGGGAUUGGCCCUGCUUUGAGCAGGGGGUUGGACUAGAUGACCUCCUGAGGUCCCUUCCAAACCUGAUAUUCUAUGAUUGUUGAAUGUACAGACUUUGGUUCUCAUUUAUACUAAGGCUAAGUCUACCCUAGAGACAUUAUGGUGGCACAGUGGUACUGCUGUAGCUGAGCUGCUGUAAGUUCUCCCGUGUAGCUAUUCUAUGCUGGUGGGACAGAGCUCUCCUGCCGACAUAGCUCUGUCUAGACAAGACACUUUUCUCUGUGAAACUUAUGCCAUUUUUACACCCCUGACCAACAAAAAUUGUGCUGACAAAAGUGCUAGUGGAGACAAAGUCUAAGGCUCCUUUAUGCUGCCAGAGAAUGAGUAUCAGCCCCACAGUACAUGGUUUCAGAGUAACAGCCGUGUUAGUCUGUUUUCGCAAAAAGAAAAGGAGUUCUUGUGGCACCUUAGAGACUAACCAAUUUAUUUGAGCAUAAGCUUUCGUGAGCUACAGCUCACUUCAUCGGAUGCAGUGAGCUGUAGCUCACGAAAGCUUAUGCUCAAAUAAAUUGGUUAGUCUCUAAGGUGCCACAAGUACUCCUUUUCUUUUUACAGUACAUGGUGUGUAACUAUGCACUUAUGAGGCCGCACUUAACUGAGACAUGCACUGGUGGGCUUGGCAGAUGAAUUAAGGAUAGUGUCAGAAUGGAUUUGCAGACUGUGCACUGAAUGGGUUUAAAAUCAUGUUACUUUCACAGUUUUUUGUUUUUUUUUGUUUUUACCUUCAAUUAGGGAAUAAAAUGUUGCACUAAUUAGGAACUUUUUGAAGCAUGAAACACACAUACUCAAUAGUCAAUCCUCAGAUUCAGAUAAGUCUGUAUUUAGAUACUUUUUUUAAAAAAAAAUCAUAUAAUCAACCCACUUUGUUUUAUUUUUUAAAAUGUGUAUCAAAGCUAUGCUAAACCAUAUUGGCUAUUCAUUAAUGUAUAUUAGACCUUAAAAAUCAAGAGCAGCAACAAAAUUUUCAGGAUACAAUUGUAACACAUAGGUACAGCUCACAGUGAGGGGCAGGGAGGAUCUGCACAUCUCCAUCGGAAACUCAGUAAGGCAAUAUUCACCCUCCUUAAGUGGCAGAAUCCCUGCUGCUCUGCUCCUUUGUGGGGUACAUGAUUCUCCCUACAGCACACUGGUUCCCAAACAUGGACUGCUAUUGUGCCUUCCACACAACAGUGGAAAGUUAAUUUUGACUCAUCUUGCCUGCAUAUACUCACUUAAGAGACUGGCCCAGUACCUCACUAUGGUCCAUUGUGGUAAUAUUGUAUGUAAUCAGGAUUAAUUUUUAAAGGUGACUUGCAGAGCCAAGGCGCCUCAUUCCAGUAACUUUACCUCAGUUAUGUCCUGGAAGUUUCCAUGGUGCAGGUAGGAGGGGCAUUAAGUACAUUUUUAUCUUAAAACUUAUUCUAUUUUCCUUCUUUCAGGUCCUGUGACAUUCAGAACUACCAACAACCAGUACCACCAUCCUAUUCUGAUGUGAGUCCCUGACAUGCACCAUUCUGAGAUGACAACUACCACUGAGUGCAGCUGGAACAUGGAGCUGGUCCACAGAAUCUCAUGUUAAGUCCCCACUUUUUUUUUUAACAUUACUGUAUUUGGCACACGUUCUGUACCUUGAAGUAGAUAGAGCUACUGCAGAAUCAUGGCACAGGAUAACAAGAGUGACUCUCAGUGCUCCAGCAUGACUACUUUGUACCUGCAACAUCACAGCAUGGUGUGUGUUGGGCAAUCACAUCCGAGGAGGAUCUGGCCAACUGUGGCAGGGCUGGAUGUCGUGGGACCAGAAAUAAAUUGUUUUCUUGCUCAAUGUGGCAUGGGCUCCUGGGGUAAUUUGCCAGAUAUAUUGGUAAAUACUACUGCCAUUUGGUACUUAAUCUUAUUAAAAUGAAUUUAAUACUAGUGAAAGGUAACCAGCCUGACAGGUCUUUAGACCAAAGGACCCCCUCCAUCUAUUCACAGCAUAGGCAUCAGCAGAGAAAAUCCCCUAAACUGCCUCUCACCACAUCUCUCAUGCUGACCUAGCGGAACCACCUCUAGGUAUGUGAGGAGAAUACAGUUUUCAUUUCCAUUCAGACCUUUGCUGACACUGCUGAGAAUGCCAUUUAGUGACAAUGGUGAUAGUGGGUUUUGUAGUCCAGUUCACUAGGAUCUGGACUCAGGCAAUCACCUCCUUACACAAAGUCCGCCUAACAGUACUGACUUCACUCUUUAGUGUGCUGGACUGGACUUGAACCUUGAGCGAGCUAUUUUCUCUUGGCAUCUUUGCUGGUAGUCUUCUAAAUGUACAUUAUUUAUUUAGAGAUCCAUAAAAGCUCUUGAUAAACACCUUUAUUUAAAAAAAAAAAACCUUUAAAGAAAUGAAUAUUUGACCUAAACAGAGCUACAAUGAUCUAUACAGAAACAAAUGACUGUUCAUGGUAUAUUUGAAUUUUAUAGCUCCAUAGGGUCAAAUUUGCCUCAUUCAUGCCCAUGCGCUCCCAGGAGGGAUAAUGUCUAAUACAAAAUGAAGCAACUGUAAUCUAGUUACUGAAUGUGGGCUGUGGGCACUUUAGAAACUUCAGUAGCUUGAUAUCAUGGCUAUUUAAAUUUGUUGUUUUUAAACUAGCAGUUUUGAAUCCAGUUUAUGCAUUAGCAGCCUAAUGAAAAUUUAAUUUUAAAGACACCAAGUGCCAAAUUCUGCCACUGGAUGCACAUGAGUAACUCCCAUUGAAUUUAGGGACAGCUUCCCUUGUGCAUUUGAGAACAGAAUUUGGGAUUGAGCUAUUAUUUUAUAGAACUAUAUAAUAAGCAUUAAGGGUCGCAUUAUACCAUCACAACAUUAAAACCCACAGCAGGGAUCUUCCUACAGCCAAGAUGCCACAGAAUCCUUCCCUCAUGAGGAAAAAUGGGGGAACAGUGGAGGCAGGGGACCCAGGACCUGUAUACCACAGCUCUGCCAAGGGCCAGGACUUCUCCCUUCUGGCAGCAUUGCUUCUUAAGGAGAUGUGGUGUUGCUACUGGUCAUUCCAGCUGAGCUUGUGCUAUUUCCCCCUCUUUGGAGAAGAUACGGUGCAGACCACAGGGUAGAGAAUUAACUCCUGCUCCUUUUGCCCACUGCAUCUCCACUGGAUUCUGAGAGGCGCAUGCUAUGUAAAAUGGCUGUUCCUUUUAUUCACCCACUGCCUACCCCUAAAAGUGAGUAGAGUUCCUCUGGGUCCCAGGCACAGAAGAAGGGGGAAAAUGUGCUAUCCUGGCUUGGCUUACUCCCACUGUUUCUGGGACUUUUUUGCCCCAUAUUGCUUUAGUCUUUUAUUUGGUCUCCUGUGUUCCUCACAGCCAAAGGAAGCAGUCCUAACAUCUUGCCCAUUUUCUAGAAAUGUAAAUUAAUACACAUUAUUCCUAGUCCAAGCAUUAUAGUGUCCACUUUCUGCCUCAAGUAAAGUUUUGCUGGAUAGUGUAUAUGCUUCCCUCUGGGGUAAAUUCUGCCUGCAGUUCUCUCUAGACAUUUAUUUCACGCUCAUGAGCAUGGCUUCUGAGUACCUAUGUGGGCACAAUUCCCAGAAAUGUAUCUGGAAGUUCUAGCACUCAUAAUACCUAGCAUUCAUAUAAUAGCUUACAUGUUCAGUGUGGCGUUAUACAAACAUUAAGUCCCCUCUAAUGUAGGUAAGUAUCAUUAUUCCUAUUUUAUACACAGGCAAACUGACACAGAGAGGUGAAGCAAAUUGCCUGUACAGUUAAUCAGCAACAGAGCGAGGAUUAGAAUUUAGACGAUUCUGACUCCCAACCCAGUGUUCAUUCAGCUGAUCAUGCUAUUUCUUGUAUGUGUAACUAAUGGGAAUCUUGCAUGCAUAUUCGAGGGCAGAAUUUGACCCUCACAUGGAAGUUGUCUGAGAACCACUAAAAAAUCCUUAACUACAGUAUAGUAGCUUGACCUGCAGUUUUAUCACUCUUACAUUUGCUGUAUUAUUUUUAACUCCAGAGGUUUUUGUCACCAUUGAGAAUUUGACCACUUAAUCUGUAUCUGUUACAAAAUGUUAUGUCUGGGGUGUAAAUUGCAUUGCAUCAUCAUUUCAAACUAAUAUGAAGGAAUAAAAUGUGAUUUACAUGCUUAAUGUUUUGUGAAUUUGGACUACAGUGUGUUUCAAGUAUAUAUGUGAAAAUGUUUAUUUUUCUAUAAUUCUGUGAGAUUAAUAUUGUUUAGUGUAUCCAAAACUUGUGAUUAGUAGUGCCAUUAAUUUGAUUUGCCUAUGGAGACAGUGUUACUCAAUAUUUAAGCUUCUCAGGUUCUGUAGUUGAUUUAAAUCAAUAGUAACUAAAAAAAACCUAGUUAUGCAUAACUCAUGAAUAAAAUGAUUGUCUAUUUUCUAUAAA